AUGUCUGCUGCCACACAACCUUCAGAAGCAGCGGGAGCCGCAGCCGCAACUGCGAUAGAUCCCCACCCGAUUCCCCUCACAGAAUCCGAAGUGCUGAUCCGUGGAUUCCUGGCCGCUAACCCGGAUCUCGACAACGACAAGCAAUCGCCGAUUGAGAUCAUGACGGAUCGAUAUACGAAUCCGGAGUGGCAGGCGCAGAUUGAUGAGACAAUCCGGCACGUGCUGAAGGAGGUGGAGAGUGGGGAGCGCGCAAACAAGGUUUACGAAGGACCACGGAUGCGGAACGGAGAAGAGGCGUUGAAGCAACUGGCUAAAACCAUCGACCACACCGUGUUGAAGCUGGAUGCUACGAGUUCGGCUAUAGAUGGACUGUGUAGUGAGGCAAGGACCGAGGAGUUCAAGUCUGUAUGCGUCCGUCUAAACUGGGUGCAGCGCUGUGUAAAGAACCUUAAAGGCACAGACGUCCUUGUCGCCUGCGUUGUCGGCUUCCACGAGGGUACCCAAGACACAUACUCCAAAUGCCGUGAAGCACGUGCAGCUGUUGCAGCCGGCGCAGCAGAACUCGACGUCGUGCUCAACCACUCGCUACUCACAAAGCACAACCGCCCUGAGACUUUGACUCGCACCUCUAGAGAUUCCGCCAUUGACAGCAUCACAGCUGCCAACACGGCCAAGAACGCCGGCGCCAGCCGCAACAACUCUACCGCUACAGGCCAAGAUGAGAUUCCAGACUACAGCGCUAUAUACAGGGAACUAGCUACCAUUCGUUCGCUCUGCCCGAAGACAACGCUCAAACUCAUCCUCGAAACCUCACAGCUGUCAACUACCCAAAUCCUCGCGGCCUCGCACCUUGCAGCCGCCGCUUCAUUCGACUUCAUCAAGACAUCAACAGGCUUCAACGGACCAGGCGCCACACUGCCUCACGUCCAGCUCAUGGUAGGCGCAGCAGAGUAUCUUGCCGCGAAGGGCGUGAGCAGGCGGAAGAUGGAGGUCAAGGCCAGUGGUGGUGUGAGGGAACUCGAUACCGCUGUCAAGAUGCUCGAGGCUGGCGCUACCAGGCUGGGUACUAGCAGUGGGCUUUGGAUUAUGCAGGAAGCGAGGGCAAAGGUCGGCCAGGAGAAGGUGGCUGCGGGACUGGCGGCGAGCGAGAAUAGGAGACCGAGUCCAGUUACGAGGCUGUAUACUGAUGAUUCGUCGUAUUAG